AUGACCCCGGACCAGGAGCUCCAGGUUCGAGAUGGUUGUGUCUUCCCGAGAGACGAGAAUGCCUGGUGGUGGAUUUCCAAGAUUCUUAUCCCCGAGAUACAGGAUUCCAAUGAUGAGUAUCUAAAGUCCAACUACUCGCCAUUCUAUGGAGAUCUCGAUAGAUCCGGGCAAUCAGUUACGGUGCCCGUUGUCGGAUGGUUGCCUUCAAACCAAGCGCCCGAGGAGCCAUCAUUUGACGAGUUCGACGGCAUGGACAUAAUGGAAGUCCUCAACAUGGUCGAUGCUCUCAAUCCAUCGUUUCGAGCUACGACUCCGCUAGCCCAAGAGGCUAUCCAACGUGCAGAGAGUGUAGGAUUUUACAACAAUCCCAACCAGGCAGCUGUAGCCACGCAAGCCCCAGAGACUCGACCACCCACCCCAAGGUUGAUAAACCCAAGCGCCGUAGGCCCCCUCCCCCGGACGCAAUACAGUAGCAUCCCAUCGCCUACUGCUGAAUACCAGACCGAAUCCCCACAAACAUCAGCCUCAUCCCCCACCUGUAUCGAAACACCGGGCCUCAUCUGCCCGUCGUUUCCGUCCUCGCCAGUGGCGCCGCAGGACGACCAACAGCAGUGGGCACAACCACAAAUGCUUACCCUGGCCGAAGGUAUCCUUACGAGGCCAGCAGCUACAAAGACGGUGACGACUGAGACAUCUACCCACGAAAUUCGGCUGCAGAACGUGAUCAACCGACUUACUCACGAGGUCGAGGAUCUCGAAGCUAGGGAUACGGAGAAUAAAGUGGUGAAAGAAAGUAGCAGUAAAGCACUUGGUCACAUUCAAGAUCUGCUCAAUAAGGUACUUGCCACAAAGGGGCUAGACGAGGGCGUGUAUCAGACAUUAGAAGAGGUUGCUGAUACACUGGUGAUGGUUAGGAAUGGGUUACGGUGA